AUAUGGAUGUGAAUACAUUCAAGUUGAUUCCUUUCAAUACUUCGUUUUAAGCGGGGCGUAACGAUUUCUCGAUUUCUUUUACAGUGAAUCUCGCGUGGACGACUUAAUAUAUAUUUAGUAGAAUUAACAAUUAUGGGAGGCGAAGAAGGGCUAGGUGUGACAACUGGUCAACCCAAUUUAUAUAAACAAGAUCUUUCAAAACUAGAUGUCAGUACAUUAACUGCCUUAUCUCGUGAAGUCAUUAGCAGGCAAGCUACAAUAAAUAUUGGUACCAUUGGUCAUGUAGCGCAUGGAAAAUCUACAAUUGUUAAGGCAAUCUCAGGUGUGCAAACUGUACGCUUUAAAAAUGAAUUGGAAAGAAAUAUCACAAUUAAACUUGAGCAUCCGGUAGAGAGAGGCAAUAUGGAACAUGCAGAUAUUCCUGGUGAAACGUCUUCUACAUCUGAAAAAAGAUCACUUUCGCCUGUAAGUGUCCAACAGCGUUUGAAGCAGCCAAAAGUUGAUGAGAAAACCAGUUUUUAUCCAGACAACAGUGAAGAUAGUGCCAAUUUACACGAAAAUUCAAAUAGAGAAGAAAGGAGAUCUAGUAGAAUCAAUGUAAAUCGUCAAAAUAUGGGAAAAUUUGAUUCGCCAAAUAAUGUACAUUACAAAAGGAACACAAGAUGUAACAGUAUCAUUGACACUUCAUUGAAGUAUGAUGUCGCAAAAUUUAAAUUGAAAGAACUACGAAUCGUUUUGGAAGAUAUUAAAUACAGUAGUUCGCAUUAUAAUAACGUCAAAUUAAAGAUAACAUCUAAAAAGGACGUUUGGGAAGUGGAGAAAAUCCUAAAUAAGAAAAAAAUAAAUGGUGUAACGUCGUAUUUGAUCAAGUGGAAAGAUUGGUCCAACGAUUAUAAUACGUGGGAACCAUUGAAGAAUCUGACAAAUUGCGAUGAAAUUUUGAAAGAGUUCGAGACGAGCAGGACUAAGUUAUUCGAAAAAUUAAAAAAAAAAAUUGAAUUUUAUCCAACGGAGCAAGACGUUUACGAAUUUUUAAAUAAAAUCCGGCAAAAAAGACAGUCGAUUGAUCGCGCUGUAAUCGAUGAAAAUACUUUUUACACUACUAUAAACAAUUUUUUGAAACUUAAUCAUGUAAGAAAAGAUAAAGAGAUGGCAAAUAUUAAAACAAAUAUUUUGCGGUAUAUGUUGUACGACUUAAGAAGGGAACAAUUAGACUUAUUAAAAGAUUGGGAAAACGAGAUGAAUAGUAUUAGUAAAGGGAAGCCAUCGAUAUUUGUAGAAAAUCUCAUGGAUCUUGAAGGUCCUCCAGAAGAUUUUUUUUACAUAGAAGAUUAUCUUCCAGGCGAGGAAGUAGUGAUACCCGAAGAUCCUCCGAUUGGUUGUGACUGUGUUAAUUGUAGUUCUAAUACGAAAUGUUGUUCAGUACAAAGCGAUAGUAUUUUCCCGUAUACUUCGACGGGGAAAAUUCGCGUUAAACCAGGUACACCGAUAUACGAAUGUAACAAACAAUGUAAAUGUGAUUCGACGUGUCCAAAUCGUGUUAUUCAACGUGGUGCCUAUAUAAAGUUUUGUAUUUUUAAAACCAACGACGGUAGGGGUUGGGGUGUAAAAACAUUGCAAAAUAUCAAAAAGGGUUCCUUUGUAACACAAUACGUAGGUGAAGUAAUCUCCAGCGAGGAAGCUGAUAAACGUGGUAAAGAAUAUGAUGCUGCAGGUAGAACAUAUCUUUUUGAUCUGGACUAUAACGAAACCGACGAUCAAUGUCUGUAUACGGUUGAUGCAGCUGUAUAUGGUAACAUAUCACAUUUCAUCAAUCAUUCCUGUGAUCCUAACUUGGCGGUUUACGGUGUUUGGAUCAAUUGUCUCGAUCCUAAUCUUCCGAAACUUGCCUUAUUCGCCACGAGAGAUAUCGAAAAGAACGAGGAAAUUACAUUUGAUUAUAUGUUUCAACCUUUGAAAACAACGCGCGUGAUGCAGAACGAUAUCAAGGACUCGAGAAUCAUCACCAAUAAAGUGUUAUGCAAGUGUGGUGCUAAGAAUUGUAGAAAAUAUUUAUUUUAAAAAAUAUUACAAGAAAUACUUUUAAAAAGAAUAUCUUCGUCCAAAAUCAUGAAGAUUACAUCAUAGUGUAUCUAUAAUUUAAAUCGAUAGUUUAUUCAUUUCACCAAGAUUUCAUCAUGUAUUGAAUGUUAUUGAUUAAUUAGUAUUUCGAUAAGUUAAGUUAUUUUUGUAUUUAAAUCAUUAAAAAAAAAUACAUUCAUCGUUAGGUAUCUCGCGAAUGUAAUAAUGCAUUUAUUUCAUCGAAUACAUAAAUAAUUGACAAUUUAAUGUUGCAUAACUUUACGAUAUCUUAAAGACGUUAGAAUAUGAUGCAUAAGAAAUGAUAAUAAUAGAAAGAGAAAAUGCGUAUUUAUUAUUGUUGUAUUUUUUAUACGAUAAAUUGGUGUUUUUAAAACAUCAAUAAAGAUCUGAUUGUUAUUAGAAGUAAAAGAAAUCGAAAAGAGAAAUGAUGAUGGUACAUGACGAUAUAUUCCACUUUGGAAUACCAAUAUGCAGAGUAAAAGUAACAUUUUAUAUUGUUUUCGCAUUAUAUCUUGUAAAAAAAGUUAUAUCAAUAAAUAGAAAGGAUUCAAA